AUGCGAAGCGCGGGAAAGCGCGCAGGUGCGUGCGAGGCACGGGAAAGCGAAGGUACGCGCGUGAGCGGAAACAAGUGGUUGAGGUUUAUAUACAUAUUGAGGUUAUUUUGCAGGUGUCGGCUUGCGAGAGAUCUCGAGCUUCUGGGAGCACAUCCAACUGACUUGCAGUGCACGAAGCUUCAAGAACGUGGCAACGUUUUACGACGCAAAAUAGAACAAUGGAGCAACGUUCAACUUUUGUACAUGCCAGUCGUGGCUCGCCUGUGUGCAUCGGAUAUGCCAACAAGCAGGACCCAUUCGACUGAAGAGAAGGCUCACGAGAUUGAACUGUGGCUUCCCUCCAAGGUCUGCAAACAAUCCACAGACGCAUUGCAUCAAUGUGAUGCCACUCUGUGUCAGUAUGAGUGGGAGCUUCGCAGGGCCCAGGCAUAUGAUGCGCUGGAUGAACUCCGACGUCACCUGCGCCUACGUGCACAUCUUUACAAAUUUAAAGACACUCAUAUUCGUGGCCAGCGAGCUAAUACGCGCGCGUCAGCUAUCAUCGACAAAGUCGAGUCGAACGUAUUGGUCGCUGCUGCAAGGUAUCGGAGAGCGUGGGCUGCACUCGAAAAUCUCUCUCCUGCUCUGUCUCAUACUACGUGGAAGGUGGAGUUCCCGAAACUGGAGAACGACGACAUUCGCGGCAUGUCUCAAGGCAAGCUAGGCCAAUCGUCUGGAAACCGUACCUUGUCCUGGAUAUGGAAAGCACGCGGUGUAGCUAGUGACGCUCCUGAAGGGGAGACGGUGCUCAAUGAAUCCUUAAGAAUUGAGUGGUGCAAGUCUCGCACACGAGCUAAGCGUUGGGUCGAGGAGGUGCAACUUCUUCGAGAGGAGAUGAGGCGUGUCACAGCAUACCUCUCGUGGCAUGCUACGUGGUGGGACGCGCAAGCAGACCGUCGUACAGGGCUCGAGCCGGCAGAGGUUGAAGGUCUAAGAGGAUACGCCAAGCGUCAGGCAGCCGUGCGGCGAGAUCUCCGAUAUACGUUGUAG